AUGCACGUCGACGACGCCCCCACACCCACGCCCGAAGAAGCCGAGAUGAAGAUUGACUAUGGAGAAGACGACGACGGCGCCGUGGAGGGGGACGACGAUGCUCUGAUGCAGGACGAGGCUCAGGCGGUGGGGACGGCUGCUGGCGGCGACGGGAUGCUGCUCGACGACUCGCUCGCACCGACACCCACCCCGGCCAUGGAUGCAGAUGCAGAUGAUGAGCCAGAGGCAGCCAACGAUACUGGCUUGGAACGAGCAGCACGCUCCCUCUCACUGCCCCCCAUCACGCUCUUCCACUCACCACCGCCGUCGUCCUCGGCUGCCUCGACCUCGACCUCGACCUCAUCCGGCCCAUCGUACACCUCGAUCGCACCCCGCACGCUCCCACUCCACCCGGGCUUCUCUUCGCCUCCCCUGAUCAACGUCAGCGCCGACGAACUGCAACUAUCGGCCCUCGGACACUCGGCCGCGGCCGUCGCCCCUUCGCGGCUGUCCUGCGCUCCCUUCUCGCUCGGGAUGGACCCACCAGCUCCGAUUGUCUCUCCGACGCCCAUGUUUGACCCCGCCCAGGUCACCGCGAAUGACCAGGAACCGAGCGACGCGCGUCGGUCACAGGUGACACCCUCGACGGACGAAACGCAGCAGUCGCUCUUGGACCCUCGAAGGGCUCUAGCCUCGCAGCACCAGCACUCGUCCGACGACGUGCAGACGCAGGACCAAGCGAUCGAAGCCCUCGGGCCCGGCACGACCCGCAUCGUGCAGGAACAACAACUACGACAACAAAGCGAGGACGAUCCCGAUGUCGAUGGUGUGGCCAAGCAAGAGAACGAGGUCAUCAUUCGCCAGGGUCUGGACGGGCACAUCAUCGUCGAGACCGAGCAACGCAAUUCGGUUCCACCACCCUCGGCGUCGGCCUCGAACGCGAGUGGGAGUGCGAGUGGGGGCGAUGAUGGGCAACAGCAACAGAAUAACCGAGCACAGGUGCGACAGAUCAACUCGGUCAAGGUCGUCGAGGCCGUUGGGGCGUCGAGUGGGCUGCUCAAGCGACCACUGAUCGACAAGGCCGUGCUCGAAUUUUUCGGACUCGGCGACGAGGCGGCACUGCAGAUCAGUGAAGACGACGACGCCGAGGAGGGUGACGAGACGGCACAGGCGGAGCCAGUCGCAGAGGGGGAGACGGCAGAUGCACCACCUCGCCCAGCACCACCUCCGCUCGCACCGACGGUCCUGCUGCAGUUCGGCGAAGACCGGUACACAAUGUUUCGAGCCGCACCCGUCGUCGAAGAUGGGCAAGACGCCGAAGACCUACCGAUUCUGUUCGGCGAACGCAAAGACCAUCACCUGUACUAUGAGCAGAUCGAGGCGCUGUUCGAGGCGUUGCACGCCUCGCUGCCGGGCUUGGAAUCAACGCAAGCUGAAUACUCUCUCGAGAUAGACGGUCUGGGCAUCGUCCUCCAAGAGGUAAGUUCCGGGGCAGGGGCUCUCAUGUCGCGCAUUUCGAUUCUGACAUGUGCUCUUCAUCGUUCGAUAGGACAACGUCUAUACUCGAGAAGUAAGCCUGCACGACUUCCACCGUCUCCACAGCGGCUGUGGCCUGCCGGGGCGGAUGCUGGUCAAGCUUGCCGAGCGCGAGGGACCGCGCUUUCCGACGGGCUUCAAUGCGUUGAUGCAGCAUAUCAUGCGCGUGGCCGAUGGGAGGGAAGAGUCUCUUGCUGUGGGUGGAGAAGAAGAAGAGAAGGAGGAAGCGUACGAAGAAGCGUACGAGGAGGCGGAGGAGGAGGCGGUCGAAGAGGUUGAGGCUCGUGAGACAGAGGCAGAGGCAGUGGCAGAGGCAGAGGCAGAGGCAGAGGCAGAGGCAGAGGCAGAGGCAGAGGCAGAGGCAGAGGCAGAGGGAGCUGAGGCCGCGGCCGAGGGCUCUCCCUACGAUGAGAGAGAGUGGCACGAGACGACAGAGGGGGGCGAGGAGUGGGGCGAGGCCGAGGAAGGAUCUGAGGUGUACGAGGCAGCAGAGGACGAAGAGGCGGAGGAGACCUACGAGGAGUUAAACGACGAAGACCUGGCUGCCGUCGUCGAGGGAGCGCAAGAAGACUACGUGCUUACCCAGGAUCAGGUGGAAGAAGCGAAUGGCGAAGUAAUGACGGCGACUAGUGAGGAAAUCAAUGGUCGUUCGGUCAACGGUCAUGAACCUGUCGCAGCGGAAGAACGGAUAUUCAAGUCGAUUAAGGCGGUGCGAUCGGAGCCGCUCGAGUUGUCGUACGAUACUCCCGAGGGUACCGGCUUCGAGCCACCCGCGAUUCCGCUGGACAAGCGAGAGGCUGUUGUCGAGGCUGCUGCGGCUACAGUCGAACAGAAUGAGAACGGGACGACAGAAGCUCAGUUCGUGGAGGAAUUCCCUCAGGACAAGACUGGUCAGUCUGUGUUCGGUCCGAACCUGAGGUACCCAAUUGCUGACUUUAAAACUUGUGUCUCACUGCAGACAUACCCAAGAAUGGCAGUGUCGUCAUCGACUAUGAUGAAGUCGCCGUCAAACCCAGCAUCGGCGAAGGUGGGAAGCGAGCUCACGCCUCUGUUACGGACGAGGACGAUGCUCCUAGGGACGAUGAUGACGCGACGGGUAAGUCGUCGCUAGCAGAUCGGGUUCACGGGUUCAUCGAAGAAGAAGACUGACUUAAAACGAUUCUCGUUCAGGUGAGAGUAAAAGACCGCGCCUUUCUGAUCCCGAGAUAGAUGGACACAGCGGCCCCGAAGACGCCGCUUGA